AUGGCGUCAGAAUUCGAUUUUGGCACCGAUGAGGACAGCCUAGAACUCAGGAAACUGAACGAUGCGGUGCUUCAAGAUCCGGAAGACUUCAGCGCGUGGGAAGCGCUCAUCACUAAGGCCGAAUCACAAGAAGGCGGGCUGAAUCGCAACUCGAAUCCGAAUUCCAUCACGUUCGCGCGUCUCGCCUACGACAAGUUCUUGGCCAAAUUUCCUCUCUACUUCGGAUUCUGGAAGAAGUAUGCCGAUAUGGAGUUUUCGAUAGCCGGCACGGAAGCCGCGGAGAUGGUGUAUGAACGUGGUGUGGCGUCCGUAUCGAACUCCCCCGAUCUCUGGCAAUCGUACUGUGGCUUCAAGGCUGACACAACCCACGACAAUGAAGUCAUUCGAGAACUCUUUGAGAGGGGGGCUAGUUGCGUAGGUAUUGACUUCCAAUGCCAACCCUUCUGGGACAAGUACAUCGAGUUUGAGGAGCGGUUGGAAGCACAAGACAAAGUGUUCCAGAUAUUGGAACGAGUCAUCCAUAUUCCUUGCGACCAAUUUCAACGGUACUUCGACCUUUUUACGCGACACGCUCAACACCGGCCGAUUGCCGACCUCGCUCCCGAAGAAGUGAUUGCUCAGUUCAAAAGCGAAAUCGAAAUGGAGAGUGGGCAAAAAGAGCUCAGCGAACUGGAGCUGGAGCGGAGAUUACGGGAACGACUCCACAGCUUCCACCAAGAGAUCUUCAACCACACGCAAACCGAGGUCAUGAAGCGAUGGAACUUCGAGAAGUCGAUCAAGCGGCCAUAUUUCCACAUCUUCGAGCUUGAGGAGGCGGAACUGGUUAACUGGAGAAAAUACCUGGAUUUCGAGGAAGUGGAAGGCGACCACGAGCGAACACGAUUCCUCUACGACCGAUGCCUGGUCACUUGUGCACUGUACGACGAAUUCUGGCUCCGCUACGCUCGAUGGAUGAUGGCUCAGCAAGGCAAGGAGGAGGAGGUCCGCAUCAUCUAUCAAAAGGCUUCUACGAUCUACGUCCCCAUCUCCCGACCUCACAUCCGUCAUCAAUAUGCGCUCUUUGAAGAGAUGAGCGGACGACCAGACGUCGCUGAGGCUAUCUACCAGGCUAUUCUUCUCGAGACCCCCCAGCAUAUUGACACGAUUCUCAGCUGGUCGAGCUUACAGCGUCGUCAAAAAGGAUUUGAAGCGGCCAUUGCUGUCCUGAAGGAUCAGAUCGACUCGCAGACGACCGACAUCUAUAUCAAAGGAGCGCUGGUGGCGGAAUGGGCUCGACUCAUUUGGAAAGUGAAAGGCUCCGUCGAAGAAGCCCGGCAGAUUUAUCAGAAGCAGCAACAGUGGUACUUGGACGUCAAGCGAUUCUGGAUCUCAUACUUCAACUUCGAGCUGGAGCAGCCGACAAGCAAAGAGACGGAAGAAGUACAGUACGCUCGGAUAAGGAACGUCGUGGACGAUGUCCGGCGGAAGACUCAGCUUCCUCCCGCUGUAAUCAAGGAUAUCGUCCAUUAUUAUCAAGUAUACCUCCUUGAUCGUGGAGUCAAAGACGUCGCAAAGGAGUAUCUAACGCUUGACAAAGAAGUCAAUGGACCAUUCUCAGUGCAGAGCGUAAGCAAGACGAAGCUCGCGGAAGAUGGAAAGGAAUCGACAACCGAUCGACGGCUAGCGAUGGAGAAUGGUCAUCCUGGCGUCGCUGUCGACGAUUCGGCGAUUCGGCGUGGUGAGAAUCCUUACACCAAAUAUUACCAACAGCAAGGCGAGACGGAGGCAGUCAACGCACCGUUGAGGUACUCCUAG